AUGGAGGCGCGUAGACCUGAAUACCGUUCAAGAUCAAGAUUCAGACAUCUAAAUAAUCUUGGAGUUCCUAAACGUUUAAGGAUAUCUAGACGGGCGACAGCAGUGACUCACAGAAGUGGACACAAGCCUCUCUCCAGAGGCUACGACGUGUUCGUCGUUUACAACUUCCACGACAGCGUGAGCUCUAAAUUUGUAACUGAAACACUAAAACCUAUUCUUCACAAGCAAAGAAGAAGCUGCAGGACAUUAUUUGACUUUGGCCUUGGAGAAGGUAACGGUCAGAAAGUGAAUGAUGUUCUCAAGCAUUCAAAACUGGUUAUCAUCAUUGUUUCUACUCCAAACAUAGACAAGUACGGACUUCACGACGACAGCUGGACAGCCAUUUACAAUCGUAUUAACGAGGAAAGAUGUGGAAUUGUUCCUGUCCUACUAGAAGAAAGAGAAAUGCUACUACAACCGCUAAAAGGUAUCAUAGGCAUUCAGUACAUCAGAAACAAAGCUCAUUGUAAUAAAAACCUUUCAAAAGACCUCAAAAGAGCAUUGGAAUUUCAAGACGCCUACGUAAAGACACCACAAGCUUCAACUACAAAUGCUGACAUCCUUUCGAAUGAAAGCAAACAAAGAGUGCCCGACUUCCAUUGGGCAGUGGAGAAAGUCAAAGAGGCACCAACAAAUUCUGAAACAGAAAACGACUUGUCUGACUUGGAUGAACUAAAUGAAGAAAAUAGCAGAAGCACAUCAGACACAAAGCACAAGUAUCGGCUGGACAUAUUUGAAGCAUUUAGAUCAGGAGCUCAUUACCAAAUGAGAGAUAGGGAAAAAAUAAUCACAACAAUCUGCAUAUUAUUGGUAAUAUGCAGUCUCACCGCAAAUGCUACACUGUUCCUCCAAUCACUUUACUAUGGAAACAGCCACACGGUAUUCCUGACUGUAAUAACGCUGGUAAUUCGAGUGCUGGUAACAGUCUCAGUAGCAUUGGCUUCAAAGCAAGUCUUCACUUAUCUCACAAUGACACAAAGCAAACAAACAACUCGCACAUAUCUCGAUGCAGUAUCCGUCAAGCAAAUCGGUGACCACAUGAUUAGAAGAAGCCUACUGAAUUACAAAACUGUCAAUACGGAUGAAAUAUUUCUUUGCCUUCGACAAGCUCUAAGAAGUGUAGUAGUGUGCAACUUGUACACAGCGUGGCUCUAUCCUGUGACUAUGAUAGUGAUUCUUCACCAACUCGGAUACGUCAGUAUUGUCGUGCACCACAAUCUGUCCAAUAGCAUCGUUUCUCUGAGCCAAAUUCUAAACAUUGCAGUUAUGGUGAUCGCACAAGGAUUCAUCAGAACGAUGAUAGGGAUACACCAUUAUGAAAGAAACCUACUGAUUGAAUCACACAGGAUGCUCCACAACCAAAAAUUAGAAAACCGCACUAAACCACUCGUUUCAUCAUCCAAACAACUUCAAGAAAGAACCAGUCAGAGAGCAGCAGCUUCAUUACCAGUUGGUAUUGUAAUAUGUCUCUGCACUUUACUGAUAACACUACUGGGCCCACAUAGCUCCAUAGGACCGCAAACAGGCGUCUUUCCAACACGGACUAAGCAAUUCGCGCUCCUCAUCAGUUGGAUGCUUCUAGUUGAAUCCCUAAUGAGCUGUCCAACGAGAAGCAUGAAGAUUACAGCAGUUGCUAUCAAUACAACCUUAGCAUCUGCUCUCAUAUAUUCCAGCUGGAGUAUGAAUUACAACCCACACUUCAAAAGACUGCCUACACACUUUCUACCGUUCAUCGAGCUAACAGUAUUGUGUCUAUUAUCGGCAUUCUACCUCAUGCUCAACGUUCAAACGUCUGCAAAAACGAUGAAUUGGCCUUUGCCUACAUUGAAAUUCAAGGAAAAUAUUAUCAAACAAACAUCUCUGGUUGUAAUCUCGAUUUGUCUACUUAUAUUUGGUGUGCUGUUACAGAAAACCGUCAUUCAACUUUGGUAACUUGCUUUGCAACUUUCAACUGUGAUUACAUUAUUCAAAUAUUUUUAGCGCUCUUAAGCAAUUAAUGUGUCAGUACAAGUGCGUGCGCGCGCGCGCGUGUGUGUGUCAAUCAAAAAACGU